UUCUGUACUUCUUCUCAGCAGAUGUGAGGAUACCUUUCUUCUCUCAUCCUCCCAGUUCAUGCUUCUAUCGCUUGUUGUAUACUGACGUACCACUUGCAGUCUAGUCGAGCACCAAGGAAAGGAGUAUAUGCCUCCGCAAGCUCAGAACUACUUUUCCCUCCUCUACUCAGUUCGCUCCUUCCACCGCCGCUUCGUGCGCUCGAUAAAAUGGCGGGAUUCUCUACAAACCCCCCGCACGAGCAUGACCGCUUGUCCCACUCUGACAACUCCGUCGAGCGGUUGAAGGACAAGGAUCUCGAGGGCCAACGUCAAGGAGGCCUGUCCGACUCAGAUUCAGGCGAGAUCGGCCGACAAAUCGAACUUGAGGCAGAGAACUCGAUCAAGUACCGGACAUGUAGCUGGCAGAAGACGGCCGCGCUGCUCUUCUCAGAGUAUAUUUGUCUCGCCAUAAUGUCGUUUCCCUGGUCGUAUUCUAUCCUCGGUCUUGUGCCGGGAUUGAUUCUGACCGUGUUCAUCGCGGGGGUGGUUCUAUAUACGUCACUCAUUAUCUGGCGAUUUUGUCUAAGACACCCGCAUAUUCGCGAUGUGUGCGACAUUGGACAACACCUAUUCUUCGGCUCGAGGAUAGCUUGGUAUUUGACCGCUGUCAUGUUCCUCUUGAACAACACGUUCAUCCAGGGCUUGCACUGCUUGGUCGGCGCCGAGUACCUCAACACCAUUUCGGGCCAUGGAACUUGCACCAUCGUGUUCUCCCUAAUCACUGCGAUCGUCUCUCUUGUCUGUUCGAUCCCGCGUACAUUCAACACUUUAUCCAAGGUCGCGACCAUUUCAGCCUUCGCGACAUUCGUCUCCGUCAUGCUAGCCGUUAUCUUCUCCGCUAUCGAGGACCAUCCUGCGGGCUACAGCCUUGCGGACGGCGACCCCAUUGUUAGGGCUACCCCGGCACCUGGCACCACCUUCGUCUCUGGCAUGAGCGCUUUUUUGAAUAUCAGCUACACAUUCAUUGGUCAGAUUACACUUCCUAGCUUUAUCGCCGAGAUGAAGGAGCCAAAGGACUUUUGGAAGUCCGUUACUGCCGUCACAAUCGCAGAAAUUAUCGUCUUCAGUCUGGUCGGGUCUAUCGUGUACGCGUAUACCGGAAACCAGUACAUGACGGCUCCCGCGUUCGGGUCUAUUGGCGACGAGACAUACAAGAAAAUCGCCUUUUCGUUUAUGGUUCCGACGAUCAUCUUUUUGGGAGUUUUGUAUGCAUCUGUUUCGGCACGCUUCGUCUUCUUCCGCAUCUUCGAGGGCACCCGCCACAAGGGUAACCAUACGUUUGUCGGCUGGGCUAGUUGGAUUUCUAUUCUCGCCGUUCUGUGGGCCCUCGCCUUCAUCAUCGCCGAGGUCAUCCCCUUCUUCUCCGAUCUCCUCUCGAUCAUGAGCUCACUGUUCGAUUCGUUCUUCGGUUUCAUUUUCUGGGGCGUCGCUUACCUCCGUAUGAGGCACGAGGAUUACGGGCCGGACUUUUAUAAGAAACGGGGCUUCCGUGGGUGGGCUGGCGCAAUCUUCAACAUUUUCUUGAUUGGUGUGGGCCUGUAUUUCCUAGGCCCAGGCACUUACGCCUCUAUCGAAAGUGUUAUCCUGAACUACGAGGCUGGAACCGUGGGAAGUGCCUUCUCAUGCGCCGACAACGGGCUUUGAUCAUUAUUCUUUACUGAUUGGCUCUCUAAUCUUACCUUCAACUUGUUUUUUCUUUUGAUAGAUGGGGACGUGGCUGGAAAUGCGUCUUGAUUGCUUGUCAUAUUGGAUGAUGUAUGAGAUUGUUUCUCCUCAUUUGUUGAAACUUCGAACAAUACAAGAUUGCCAGCUCGAGCAGGGAAGAGCUCCACGGAUUCGAGUUAGGCGAAUCCAUCUGCCUCGGAGAACAACAGAACUCCGGAGUGGAACCGAGACUUUCACAGCGAUUGUCUGAUCUCCGCAGUCACCGCAUAGCGAAGUAUAGUAGACGAUAGAUGCAGCGCCGUAGACCUGAUAUAUAGAGAAUCCGUAAAUAAUCCGUCGUAGACAAUAGAGUAGUAACGAAGACGAAAAAGCACACAUUCGGCAGC